AUGGCUAUGCAUAGUACUCAUAGGGUUACAAUAAUAAGUGUUGUUUUGUUUGUUUUAUUGGGUUUGGUUAUUGGUACUUAUGCCUCUAGAGCUCUCUUUGAUAGUAUUGGUAGUGGUUGUUCGGACCGCAACAGCUAUGGAAGUGUAACAAAAAAUAUUGAUGGAUGCAAAAUUGUAGUCGAAAAAGGCGGUGGUGCUAUUCGAGAUGAGAAUGGUGGUGGUACUAUUAAUGGAGAUGAUUUUGGAGGAGAAAAUCGUGGCGGGGAUGAUGAUAAUGGAGGAAAUAAUAAUGGUGGUGGCGGAGAUGAAAGUAGAGAAGAAAAUGGUGAUGGUAACGAAAAUGAUAGCGGACAAAAUAAUAGUAAUGGCGCAAAGUAUGGUGGAGGAGAAAACAGUAAUGGUGGUGAUGGUGACGGAGAUGAUGAUGGACAAAAUAGUAGUAAUGGCGGAGAUGAUGCUGGAGGAGAAAACAGUAAUGGUGAUGAAGAUGAUCAUGGACAAAAUAAUGGCGGUGAUGGAGAAGAAAAUGGUGAUAGUAGCUAUGCUGCUAAAGAUGAACUUGAAAGUGGAUAUAGAGGUGGUGCUGGGCAGUAG